AUGGAGUACAAGAGCAAGGUCGUAGCUUGUGAUGUCCCAAACUUUCUGAUGGAAUUUUCUUUUUGUCCAUAUUCUUCCGUUUAUUCCCUUCUGCCGAUGUUUUUGUUGCCCUGGUUGUGGCCAGAUUGCAUUUUCUACCUAACUUCCGGCGGACGCAGGUUUUUGAGAAACUGCAACUACGUCCAUAAUGUAGCAGACGACAUCAUCAACAAACGGAGACAACUCCUCCAGAAGGAGGGUCCACCAAAAAGUCUCCAUCUGGACUUCCUAGACAUUCUGCUCAUGGCCAGAGACGAAGAUGGACAUCCGAUGACCACGCAUGAGAUCAGAAAUGAAGUGGACACAUUCAUGUUUGCGGGUCAUGACACAACAGGUGCCGCUGUGAACUGGAUCCUCUACAACCUGGCAAAACACCCAGAAUACCAGGUCAAAGUUCAAGCGGAGAUAGAUACAGUGCUGCAGGGCAGGGACUCCGAUGACGUCCUAUGGUCAGACCUGCCCAACCUUCACACCCUCCAGCUCUGCAUGAAGGAAGCCCUGAGGCUCUACCCGCCUGUCCCAUUCAUUCAACGAGUACUCACACAGCCUAUAGAAAUAGACGGAAAAGCCAUCCCUCCAGGGACACUGAUCACGAUAGCUAUAAUCAACUUACACAGAAACUCUCUGGUGUGGGAAGACCCGGAUGAGUUCAGACCUGAAAGGUUCCUGCCAGAAAAUUUGAAAAACAAAGACAUGUACUCGUUCGUUCCUUUCUCAGCCGGCCCGAGGAAUUGUCUGGGACAGAACUUUGCGCUCAAUGAGGCCAAAGUUCUCAUCAGUCGGAUUCUACACAGAUACACCAUAGAGCUGGCCCCUGAUGCUCCGGCCGUUCAACGUUCAGCCACUGUGAUACUCAAGACUGACCACGGUCUCUGGGUGCGGUUGAAGAGGCGCUAG